UUAUUGUAGAAAUAGGCGGGGUUUAGCCAUAAUUUUGACUUUGUGGCUGUGGUAACUAAUGACGACCCUCUGAGUUGUGCCUGUUGUUCACACGAUUAUCUGCCGUCUCAUUGGUUAGAAGGGUCCCACCUGAUCUUGCAUCCUCCUGCCUGCCUUCCAUAUUUGGGGACAUGUUUUUCCAUUGUUAGAGCGGUCACUUGACUAUCUUGUCAAUAUAAUAGAACAUCUUUGCUGCUGUUAUUUUUUUUUACAUUUUGCUAAAUUGAUUAGGGCCUAAUUAUGAUUGACAUGUAAUAAUAAACUUAUAGCAUACCUAGAUAAGAGUUCACUAGCUGCUUGGUGACAUGGUAAACCUGUAGGCUAGUCUAGAUAUCUUUCAAAACCAUGAAAAUUGGGUUUGCCGGACCAUUUUUGGUGAGAUGGUUGUGCAGGAGAAGCAUUGGAAGACAUACAGAUUUUGGUGUUUGAAUGCAGCAAUGUGACUCAUGGCUUUCUACAGUGCAGUGCGGAGAGACCAGAUACCCUGAGGUGUGUUGUCUGUCUGCAUUUGUCGAAAAUGAACAAGGGAGGGAGCAGCACAAAUAUCACACAGCCAGGCACCAUGCAGGGGGAACCCUCCCCUCAUCCCUGAGUGUGUCAUAUCAGAUAGUGUCAGACUACAUCCAGAAGGGGGGAUGAUAAGAGCUUCCUGAAAGUAGCCUUUGAGAAACCCUGUGGAACAUUUUCCUCUAAUAGCCAUUUUCAAGCAGAGGCAGACAGGGUUGGUUAUUGACCUUCUCAACGGUAGUUUCUUCAGACCAAACUCAGUGGUUUUAGCGAAGAGCCAGAAUGGAGUGGUCACUAGAGAGGGUGAGGGAGAUGGUGGCUGGAGGGAUGCAGUCUAUGAGGGACUGUGAGUCCAGUGCCUUUGGCACAGCCAUGUGCCUGCUGCUGCUCUUUGUGUGGUACUGUUACAGGGUAGGUCGUGAGCACAGCUCCUCUCCCCUGCGUGGGGGGUACAGCACUGAGCCCAGUCGAGGGGGUGGGGGGGCCUUGAUCAGCACAGAGAGAGAUGGCAAGGCUAAAGGCAGGCCGGUGUCAGGGGUGGAGGAGCCGAACGGCUUUGCUUACUGCCAGUCCGCUGAGUCCUUUCGCUGCACCAACACAGGGGACGGUCUCAAUCAGAAGCUGUACCACAGCCUGCAAGAUUACGCCAAACGCUACACCUGGUCGGGCAUGGGCAGGGUACACAAAGGGGUACGAGACCAGGGUCGCUACCUCACCAGUCGGCCCACCAUCCAGAGGCCAGAGGUGUUCUUCCUCCCUGACCUGCCCUCAGCACCCUUCUUCUCCCGGGACGCACAGAAGCAUGACGUGGAGCUGCUGGAGAGGAGCUUCCCUGCUCUGCUGGCUGAGUUUGAGAGCAUCUACCACGCCCCCCCAUCAAGGGCCGGCUCCUCCCUUCCUUUGGGCUGGAAGUCCAACAGCACCCCCCAUGGCCAGUGGUGGACCUUCUACUUGUUGAACCAGGGCACUCCGCUGGCCCUCAAUGCCAGGAGGUGCCCCCGGGCCUGGAGGGUGCUGAGUCAGCUGCGCACCUUUAUCGCCAACAACGUGUUUGGAAACGCCUGCUUCUCUGUGCUAACCCCGGGAGCCCUGAUUACUGAGCAUUACGGCCCAACCAACGUCAGGCUGCGCUGCCACCUGGGUCUUAGAGUGCCCUCUUCCUGUGAGCUGGUGGUUGGCGGUGAGCCACAGUGCUGGUCUGAGGGGAGCUGUCUGCUGUUUGAUGACUCCUUCCUCCACAGGGCCUUCCAUGAGGGCGGCCCAGAGGACGGCCCCAGGGUUGUCUUCAUGGUGGACCUCUGGCACCCUAAUGUGGCAGCUGCUGAGAGACAGGCUCUGGACUACAUCUUCACCCCUGGGCGCUGAGAAGACAAGGAGUUUGUUGGGGAGGGGGGUUGAAGAGAAACAGAGCUACAGAGAGUAAAACAGAGGUAAAGGGCGACGGAGAGAAUGUCUUUCAGAAUUUAAGAGAGUUGGUGAAAAAAGUAGAGAAGAACAGUGUGAGUGGGGUGGGAGGGAGCACUUCUCUUGUCCCGUUCCCACACUCACUGUGUACAUAUUCUCUGUCUUGUUCGAAUCUGCUUUCUCCCUGUAACUCUUAGCACCUGCUGACCUUGACCAAACAGCCAUAAUGUAAAAUGUUACAUUUGAAUGUUUACAGCCCCAAUCCUUAUCUCUGUGAUUAUCCCUGCCAAUGUGUGAUACUUUACUGUGCUCUCCUAUAGAAAUCAAUACAGCUUUCACAAAAACAUGGUUGGAUAAGCACAUAGAAACAUUUUUUUAGAGAUGAAAUGAUUUGCUUGAAACUGUCUGUGUUGUUGCUACACAGAAGAAAGGCUUGUAUUUGGUCAAUGAUCUAAUGAAUGGUUGUAAUAUGGUUGUAUUUGAUAUCUUUGUAUUUCUGUAAAUAGAGUUGGAGUACAAAACAUAUCAUAGGUUUUGAAAUGUAAUUGUCUUACAAUCAAUAGUUAAGUUAUUGUGCGGUCUUAAUAUUCUGGUACUGUAAUGUCAUCUUCUCUUCUGAGCAUUUGUCAUUUUGAUACAUUCAGGUUUAGAUAUCUGAAAUGUUUGUCAAGUGGUUUGGCUAUUGUUCAGUGACAUUUUAUAUAAUUCAGUGAUUUUUUUUUUUUUCAGCUGUAUAUCAAAUUUAUGGUGAUAUUCUACCCCAAUAGAUUCAUAUCUGUGGCAUUUGUACUCACUUUGAACAGUAUUUAAUAAAUGGCAAAUUAUCUGAA